AUGCGACUCAACGAAGCCCUCACAGCUCCAGCAAAAUGUGUCAUCAAGAUGACCGAUAAAGCUAAAGCCGCAUUGGAAGAUAAAGCUUCUUCAAAGAAGCGUAAACCUGAUGGUGGUGGAGACAAUGUUAAUCCACUGCUACCCAAAAAGGCCAAAAUAAAUGUACCAGCGGGGAGCAUGACUCUGGCCAAUAACACUUCCACAGACAAAGAUAGGAUAUUAUCACCAUCACCAACUCCACCGCCAGUUGUGAGUAGGCAUGCCAUUGUGCACACAGAGGAGGAGGAGGAGGCAUUGCAUGAAUAUAUCGACCUGGACAAUAAUGAGCCCGCAAAUGGUGAUGAGGUUGAUGAUGCUGACGAGGAUCCUGAAGAUGAGCUGAAUUAA